UUAUAAACCAAUAUUCGUCUUCUUCACAAACUUAACCAGCCGUUACUGUUUGAUGUAACACCCUGAUGAAUAUCAUAAAGUCUAGCGUUCAAGGAGAGAACGUGGGACUACAGAGUGCUUCCACUGGAUGCGGCACACUGAUCCAGAUAGACAACACCGCCUAGGGACUUUUGGAACGCUCGUUCACUCUAUUUCCUUCUUGCUCCGCUGGCAAAAAGUGCACGUGGAUCCACGUGGAGGGUCUUGGCUCUAGGAUUCGCAGACGAAGGGGUUUCCCUGCCAAUGUCAUCUCUCCGAAGGGGUCAGAUAGUCUGUCAUGAUUCAUCUAUCUUCGACUCGGCUACUGGAUAAGGAGUAUUCGGCUUGUUCCGUGGGCGCUGGCCUGUAUUUUCUUCUCCGCCUGCUUGCCCGGUUUCCCGCAACGGAGUCAAAAAGGAAUGAAUCGCCUCAUCGAUUCCCCAUCUCAGCGGAAGAUCGGAUUAUCCCAUCAGCUUUACCUCGGAUGACAGGCUUGCUGGGGCUGAGGGGCGCAGUCGAAAUCAUGACCGAGCUUGACCCAGGCGAAAGCGGAGGCGCAUCAGGCCUCGCUGGGUCGGUCCCGGUCACGGCGCUCGGUAGGCAUCCGUUGACAGAGAGGCGGAACGACUUGCGACAACUUGGCUUGGCUUGGCUUGACUGGUGGCACUGGACGGGUGGUAGUUCUCAUCCAAGACGAGGGGCCCCGGCCGGCGACCUUUGGUUUCGGGGCCCUGGGUUCCUCCGUACAACUAAUUCUGGACACUUCACUACGUGUUCCCAUGAGAUGGCCGGUUCUGAUGCCGCCGGCAAGAAAGACAAAAGGCGGCCAACCCCGAUGCCCCGGUCCCCGGUCCCGGCCACGUUUCGCGAGACCCCGGGUUCCCCGGAAAGGAAGAGGGUGCUUUGCCCGGCGCCGGCAUAUUCGGACUUUUCGUAGAGCGCGAGGCGAGUCCCCAUGAGGGCAGCCGUUUCGCCUCCCAGGCCUUCCCAAGACAAGCCAAACAACGAGACUUUAUGCGGCGGUCCCGAAGAUCUGGUCCAGCCGCUGCGGCCGGGUCGGGAGGUGUACCGUGUAGCGUCCCCUUCCCCCCCCUCCACCAACAGUUACGAGUUAGAAUUCUGGACUAGUACAGUAUACCUGGUCGGACUUUUUCUCUUUGGCGUCAUCGUACUGUCAAGCCGGUGGGAGAAGACAAGUAUGCAGGAACCGAAGCAGCUUCGGCGAAAGAGGUCAACACCACCCCUUCUCUGGUUGCCGUGCUAACUCUCGCCUGGAUUUUGGGAAUCAAAGUCCCUCAACAUCAAGACGCUCUUUGUUCCCGAGUCUGGUGGUGUUUGAAGCUAGAAAGAAAGAGAGAGAGAGAAAAUAAUCCGCGUCGCGGCGCCAAGUCGCGUGGCGCCGCAAGAUGAGUUAGUUCCUGGCUCUUGGCCGCUAGCAUCAUCCGUCACGACCUCGCUGCCGCGGGUGGAUUUGAGCACGCGCACUCGAUGAGUUGAGCAGUUUAAGUCAGUCAGUUUUACCUUGGUGAAUUGGAGUUUGGUUUGGUUG